AUGGCACAGCAAAAAUUCUUCUCGGGUUUAACCGAGGGUAUGAUCAAUCGGGCGUCCGGUGAGCGGCCCGAUCGGCAGAAGACUCACUUCUACUGGCCGGAUGAGUACGCACCGGAACCGGAACCAUCACCCACGAUCAACGGUCGCCCAGUCAACCGUCGGCCGUCCGGUACACCGAUCGGUUCCAUCCCACAGCCAACCAUAGAACGACGCAUUGAUCAACACACCGUCAGUGAACCGCCGAUCGCACGCGACCGUCUGCCAAAGCACGCCGAAUCGCACAUCCAGUUUUACGACGGUGUAGGUUCGUCGUUCGGUGAGCUGGAGCGAACCAAGGCACACGAGCGGCUCCGGAUCGAGCAGUUUCUCCGGCAACAGUCCGAAGAAGUAACGGGCGAAGCGGCCCGAGCAAAGCGACUCAGUACGCUCCAGUCAAAGAUUGAGUUCUACGAUUACUGUGCCCCCGUCAAUGGUGCACCCCGACGAAAUGGUGGCCCAUCCGGUCGACACAGCAACGGGUAUGGCAGCAGUGACCACGACCGUAAUGGGGAAACUGCCUUCGAGCAGGAUCCCGGUGAGGAUGAGCUGGAUUUCGAUGAUCGCAGCAGUUACCGCUCGAGCGUCUGCUCGUCAACACAUACGACCCCGACGAGUGGCCACCGUCACUACCAUCAGGCCGGAUCGGAACUGCCCGAACACAAGCGCAACUCCCAACGGCAUCUGCGCUCCAGCAUCAACUUCCACAAUGGGUGUACCAUCGCGGACGACAGUGAGGACCCACGUAAACCGGUCACCGUGCGUGAUUCGGCCACGACACGCGUUGGCGUCGGUUUGCCGAACCUGUAG